UCCCUGGAUACCAACUUCCGGUGUGACGUCACGACCGGGUUCUAAAGUGCAGAGUUUGUCAACUGCGUGCGAAAUGGCGGCUUAAAGUCUUUCACUUUGCUUAGGAUGAGCAAUAUUGCUGCUAAAUGGAGAAGGCGAUAUUCUUAUUUCUUCUCUGCUGUCACCUCGCAUCUCCUGUGACGCACUCCCUGUGGCACGUGUACACGGUGACCACCGGCAUCCCCUCGCUGCCCACCACGGUGGCGGUGGUGGUGGUGGACGGGAUCCAAACCGACCACUACGACAGCGUCAGCAACACCGCCUCGCCGUCCCAGGACUGGAUGGAACGGAUGACGGAGCUGGACCCCAGCUACUGGAAGACCCAGACCGACUUCUGGGAGCGCCAAGACCACUUUGGGAGGAUCAACAUCGACAUUCUGAGGAAGCGCUUCAACCGCACCGAAGGUGUGCACGUGUUCCAGGUGUUGCACGGUUGCGAGUACGAUGAGGAGCGGAAUGUCAGCCGGGGUUUCAACCACCACAGCUACGACGGAGACGACACCUUGUACUUGGACAUGGAGCAGCGGCGCUGGAUCUCCCUCCAGCCUCCCAUGGACGCCACCCAGAGGAAGUGGAACGACAACCAGGGCUGGAUGGAGUUCAUGGAGCACCGCCUGCUGACGGAGUGUCCUCUGCGCCUCAAUCGCACCCUGGAAAUAGGCCGAAGUGUCCUGCUCAGAAUCGAGCGUCCCCGGGUGUCUCUGCUCCAGACCAGUCCGUCCUCGCCGGUCACGUGCCACGCCACGGGCUUCUACCCUGACGUGGCCAACAUGUUCUGGACCCGGGACCAGGUGGAGCUCCACGAGCACGUGGAGCACGGCGAGCUCCUGCCCAACCACGACAACACCUUCCAGCUCAGCGUGAGUUUGGACAUCAGUGCGCUGCCGCCACACGACUGGUCCAGGUACGCCUGCGUCUUCCGACUGUCCGGACUCCAGGAGAACAUCGUGGUCGGCUUGGACGCCUCCAAGAUCUUGACCAACUACGUGGAGCCUCCCAACAUUUUCGUUCCCGUCGCCGCGCUCCUCGCCGCGCUUGUGGUCCUCGCCACCGCCGCCAUCGCUUUUUUGGUUUGGAAGAAGAGACAAGCUGCAAACUUGCAGCAUGGCACUUCAGAGGAGGUCCAGCAGAUGGCGCCAUGAGGAGAGUCUCCAAGCUAACUGAAUAGAAGACUAAAGUUAGUGUGGAAUAAAGAAGAAGAAAAAUAAUGUUAUUAUUUGUUGUAUUUCCAUAAUCACAUAACUUGCUAUGUGACACAAGCUAACUGUUAGCAUUUUAACUUUAGCGUGCUUAUUUAAAUUUACAGUUUGACUUUGAAGUUGAGUCCUGUCACAAAGUGUGUUUAUAUCACAAAGUGUGUUUAAAUAUGUAACGUCACAAUUAAUAAAUCAACUUAAAUGAUAUAAAA